GCUCGGUGGAGCUUGGUUUUGACGUUUGUUGAAUGGCUCGAAACUCCCAUCACCAGGACACCGCUCGACGUUCCUUCGAUGCUUCUCGCCGCAGCUUGCUGGUUCCCAUUCGGCACGGUGCGGUGUUCCGGAAAGCGCAGAUGGAGGCUCAGGCUCAAAUGUACGUGGUGAAGAGAGAUGGUCACAAGCAGGAGGUGAAGUUUGACAACAUCACCAAGCGCCUUCGAAACCUUUGCGAGGGUCUCGACCCGCGCUACAUCGACCCGGUGUUGGUCACACAGAAGGUGGUAGAAGGCCUCCACACCGGCAUCACUACGGCGCAAAUCGACACCCUGGCUGCAGAGACUUGUGCUUACAUGUCUCAGAAGCAUCCGGACUUCUCCACCCUGGCGGCGCGCAUCGCGGUCUCCAACCUUCACAAGAACACCUCUGACUCAUUCUGCGAGACCUGCAAGAUCCUUUUCCAUUACGUGGAUCCGCAGGGCCGUAAUGCUGGCUUGCUCGCCCAGGAGAUCUGGGACUUUGUGAAGGAGAACGGCAAGGAGCUCGAUGAGGCCAUCGACUAUGACAGAGAUUUGGGCUACGACUACUUCGGCUUCAAAACUCUGGAGAAGUCUUACUUGCUGCGUGUGGGUGGCCGGAUUGUCGAGCGUCCUCAGCACCUGAUCAUGCGCGCAGCAUGUGGGAUCCACUGUGGAGAUCUCAAAGCCACACUGGAAACGUAUGAGCUGAUGUCCAGGAAGUACUUCACUCACGCGACGCCGACGCUCUUCAAUGCAGGGACGCCUUAUCCGCAGAUGUCAUCCUGUUUUCUGCUGAAGAUGCAGGGAGACAGCAUCGAUGGGAUCUAUGACACCCUGAAGCAAUGUGCUGUGAUCUCCAAAUCUGCCGGCGGCAUUGGUGUGGCCGUCUCCAACAUUCGCGCCAGUGGCUCCUACAUCAGGGGCACCAACGGCACCAGCAACGGCCUGGUACCCAUGCUCCGGAACUUUAACGAGACGGCACGCUAUGUGGACCAGGGUGGUGGCAAGCGGAAGGGUGCUGUAGCAGUCUACUUGGAACCUUGGCACGCGGACGUCUAUGAGUUCUUGGAGCUGCGCAAGAACCACGGCAAGGAAGAGCAGCGAGCAAGAGAUUUGUUUUAUGGUUUGUGGGUGCCCGAUCUGUUCAUGAAGCGAGUCAAGGCUGAUGAGGAUUGGACACUCUUUUGCCCCAAUGAGGCCUUCGAUCAGGAGACCGGAAAGGGUUUGAUGGACUUCUGGGGCGACGCCUUCGACGAACUCUACACGAGGCUUGAGGCGGAGAAGCGUGGCCGGAAGACGGUGAAGGCGCGGCACCUGUUCUCGCAGAUCUUGCAGGCGCAGAUCGAGACGGGCACUCCUUUCAUGCUUUAUAAGGAUCACGCCAACAGCAAGUCCAACCAGAAUCACUUGGGCACCAUCCAUUGUUCUAACCUUUGCACUGAGAUCAUUGAAUACACUUCGCGAGAUGAGGUCGCCGUUUGCAAUUUAGCGUCCAUUGCGUUGCCUGCCUUCGCGGAGGCGUCCGGGCGGCCCUAUGAUUUCCAGAAACUCUACGAGGUCACCAAAGUUGCCACGAAAAACCUCAACAAGGUGAUCGACCGGAACUAUUACCCCAUCGAGGAGGCCAAACGAUCGAAUUUGCGACAUCGGCCCAUUGGGUUGGGUGUGCAAGGCUUGGCGGAUGUGUUUCUGAUGAUGAAGCUGCCCUUUGAGAGUGAAGCGGCCAAAGAGUUGAAUGAGGACAUCUUCGAGACCAUCUACUUCGCAGCGUGUGAAGCGUCCUGUGAGCUGGCAGAGCUUCAUGGCAGCUACGAGAGCUAUCAGGGCAGCCCUGUGAGCCGAGGGCAGUUGCAGUUCGACUUGUGGGGCCAGACUCCCAAGAGUGGCCGUUGGGAUUGGUCCGCGCUGAAGCGGCGCAUCGCCCGGAGUGGCCUCAGGAACUCCUUGCUGGUGGCACCCAUGCCCACGGCGAGCACUGCACAGAUCUUGGGAAACAACGAGUCUUUCGAGCCCUACACGCAGAACCUCUACGUGCGUCGGGUGCUCUCCGGAGAGUUCGUUCAGGUGAAUCGACAUCUUCUCAAGGAUCUCAUUGCUCAAGGCCUGUGGACUGAGGAGCUCCGAUCUCAGCUCAUCCGCGAGAAUGGGAGCGUGCAACGCUUGGACUUGCCGGAAGAGAUGAAGGAGCUCUACAAGACGGUCUGGGAGAUCAAGCAGAAGGUGGUCCUAGACAUGGCGGCUGAUCGUGGAAAGUACAUUGAUCAGUCCCAGUCCUUGAACAUCCACAUGACAGACGUCACCAGCGCCAAGCUCAUGUCGAUGCACUUCCAUGGCUGGUCUCGAGGGCUCAAGACAGGGAUGCGCCCGGGCUUCGACUCUCGCAGUGGGCGAAGGGGAACGGUGAGAAUCAGACGGGUCAAAAGGACGCACGGUGCACCAACCAUCCUGGCGCCCGUCCCACCAGGCUGCUGCAAGCCAUCGACGUUUGGCAAGACGAUGGCGAAGAGAGAAGCUGCGGACAGGAAGCAUGGAUGAAUGCCCACUUCAAUCCUUAGCCGAGCUGAAGCUUUUCGAAAGGCAUGAUCAUGCAUCCAAGCAAGAUUGUACUACCUUCGCACCAAGGCCGCUGCCGAUGCGAUCAAGUUCACCGUCGAGGUUCAAAAGUCGAGCGACGAGUCUGCCAUCAAAGCGUUGAAGUCAGAAGCUCCCACCUAUUCCUGCGUGGGCUGCAGUUCCUGAACAUGCCGAAAAAGCAGCUGUUAAGGAAAUUGCAGAGCAGCUUCACAGGGGUCGAGCCUGCUGAAGUAGGGAGGUUCGGUUUGGCUGUCGUUUUCCUGGAUCUGCUGAAAUGGUGAAAUGACGAUUGAUUCCAUGUGUUUCGUGGUUGAUGGUGC